AUGAGUGUCGAAGCCGCCGUCCAGGACGAGGGGCUCGUUAUCCCGGUAACCCCUCGCACUCGCCCUCCCCCCCCCCGGUUCUCGCUCACCCCCUCCGAGCGCGCCGACACCGCCGUCGCCAUCCUGCGCGGCUUCCAGACGGCCGGCUUCAUCUACCUGCGCUCUCCGCCGUCGCCCGCGCCCUCCGCCGUGCGCGACAUCUUCGCCCGCUCUGCCGCCUUCUUCGCCCAGCCGCUCGCCGACAAGCUCGCCCUGAGCCUGACCGACGCGGCCGCCAACCGGGGCUACCUCCGGCAGGGCCGCGAGCGGCUCAUCCCCGACGGCGGCGAUGGCAACGUUCCGGAUGUGCUGGAGCUGAAGGAGAGCCUCGAGAUUGGCCGCGAGCCGCACGAGAGCUUCCGCAACCACUGGCCCGCAGAGGCGGCGCUGCCGGGGUUCAGGGAGGAGGCGAUGGCAUUCUUUGAGACGUGCAAGGGGCUGCACGUGCAGGUCAUGAGGGCUGUCGCGGUCGGGAUGGGGCUAGAGGACAGGCAUUUCGACGGCUAUGUCGACAAGGGCGACAACACGCUCCGCCUGCUGCACUACCCGGAGGUCAAGGCGGACGUCUUCAAAGCCAACGCCGGGCAGGUUCGGGCCGGCGAACACUCUGAUUACGGCUCUAUCACGCUGCUCUUCCAGGACGACCGAGGCGGCCUCCAAGUUCGCUCGCCCUCGGGCAGGUUCGUCGACGCAACGCCCAUCCCGGGCACCAUCGUCGUCAACGCCGGCGACCUGCUCGCGCGCUGGAGCAACGACACCAUCAAGAGCACCGUCCACCGCGUCGUCGAGCCCCCGCACGCUGCCGAUGUCGACGUCUACCCGCCGCGGUACAGCAUCGCAUACUUUUGCAACCCCAACUCGGAUAGCCUCAUCGAGGCCAUGCCGGGCACCUACGCCAACGAGUCAGAUAAGAAGUACGGGCCGAUCCUGAGUGGCGAGUACCUGAUCCAGCGACUGGCUCCGACCUACUAG